AUGAGUAGGACAGAAAAUGAAAGACAACCCUUGAAGGAGGUCGGGGUCAAUCGUAAACGGCUCCACUCUCAAAUGUCAAGUGGUUCGGUAGAAGAGUCGCGGAAGACCACUUCUAAAAGCGCUGAGGCGUACGAUAUAGAUCAAGGCGCUUUAACACCUCCGCACUCUUUUGUUCAUCGUUCUAGUAUAUCGGAGUCCAGGACUCCCAAUGACAAAGCCAUCAAGACAAACCCAUUGUCCCCGGAAUUAUCCUCGCCUAUCAAACCCCAACGGGCUAAGAAAAUGAAGAGCGAUCAAGGUAGAAGUAGUGGGAUGAACACCGUGGAAGAAUUCCUAGAGCACCUAUCAGACGAGUCGCGUGUCGCGGCACUGCAAGACCCCAAUAGAAAACCACCAUACUCAUAUGCCAUGAUGAUUGUGUUGUCUAUUUUGCAGUCGGAUACUGGUAAACUGACUCUUUCACAGAUAUAUUACUGGAUCUCAUCGCAUUUCCCAUACUAUAAGCCUAAGGAUGCAGGUUGGCAAAACUCUAUUAGACACAAUUUAUCGUUGAACGAGGCGUUCGUGAAAGGAGGUAAGUCUUUAGAUGGAAAGGGCCAUUUUUGGGAAAUUAAGCCCGGAUAUGAAUCUAGGUUCCUGAAAAACGAGGAAAACUUUUCGAUCGAAGAUUUUAAAAUGAAGCUACGGAGGUUCAAAAAUAUCUCUUUGGAAGAUUCAGACGAUUCUCUGGCCGUUUGUUCAUCCACAAAGAGCUCAUCUUCAAAUUCCUCUUCCAAUAGUACAUCAAGUAAAUCGAAAAGAAAGGGGAAAGGUUCAUCAACUUCGGUUGAAAACGAUAAAAGUAACAACUUUGGUGAUUGCUGUGAUACUUCUGUAGAUCAAAUCAGUGAUUGUGAAGAUGAUCGCAAUUCGCUAAUUAACAUACCGUCAUCGCCAAGACAAUCUCAUUUUUCCAACUCGGAGAAGGAUGGUCACUACACCAGACAGUAUCAAACAAUAGAUAAAGACUAUCCAUAUUACGAAGAGGAGAGUAUUAUGAAACGUCAAGGAUCGGCGCAUUUAGGCACAUCUUUAAAAUUUCAUACUCGGGCUGCUAACAUGUAUAACCAUGAGUAUGAUGAUUUAAUGGCCGCGACAAUGUCUUCGCCAAAGUUUAAGAAAUAUACGUGCUCAUUCAAUACAUCUUUUGAGCCUGCUUCGCCGAUGACAAAGUUACAGCUCCCGAUGUCACAAAUAGCUCAGUCGAAUAUCAAAACACCUGUUCGUGAUUUUUCUUCUACGCCACUGAAAUUCAAUAUCUUAGCUACUCCAAAAGACUGUAACAGAGAGCUAAUCAAUCCUCUGACAUCAACAAAAGCCUGGCAAAGUCCAUCUCGUCUCUUUGAGGACUAUUACGCAUCUCCAGUGUUCUUCAAAAAUGUUGUAGCGCAUUCAAUUGAUGAUCGUAUGAAACAGUAUGAAACAGAAAAGAUCUGCAUUGAGUCCCCUCGAAAACUCAGUCUGAAAGGACAGCAGUCGUAUGGUGUCUCAAAUCCGGCAGAAUUGAUAGACCACUCUAAAUACUCCUCAAAUGCCCUUUUCGGUGUUGAUGUCUGUUCCGUCUGGAAAAGAGUAAUUGCACACUGCAACAAUGAUGAACUUGUAGAGGAAAACGAAAGUAAAGACACCUUGGCUCCUCCAUUCGAUGGAAUGAGCUAG